UCAAAGCGAAAGCACUAGCUUUACUUAACAGACGUUACUGGCAGCUAGUAGACGUUGAGUCCAAGACCUGUACUGAUUCUGAAAUUAUCCAGAAAGAAAUGGAGGUAGUGAAGAUAGUGAACUAUUUUUUCAUUUUCCUCGUGUAUCAAUUGAACUUUUCAAAAACACAGGCUCAGGAUGUUUCACUUAACGUGGACUGCUUCGAAGGUUCGACCUCUUCCCACUGUCAAUUGAAUAUGACAGAAGAGAGUAGACAACAAAUCAACAGCGUCUUUGCAAAUAACAACACCCGGUUUGUUCGCUUCAAUCCCAUAGUUCGACCAUAUUACAGUGAUGAGUUCUGGCGUAAUAAAAACAGAGAUGACAAAAUUGGCAAAUAUUUUUGGGUUUGGGCUGAUGGAGACACUGGCAGACGAUAUCUGUCCUUACGAUACAACUUUGUGGAGAUGUCCUUGUGGACUCUUUCACCCGGUGUAGAGAAAAUUAACAUUGACUUACACGAGGUACAGCAAGGUUGUUGGGGUAUCUUAAACGUGACUGAACAAUUCUGCACCAUAGCAGCACUGUUUCUGAACACAGUUCAUGAAAAGGCUGUUACACAGCAUCACCUUCAGAACAGUGUUGUUUGUUAUAAUACACUCGAUUUAACCAAUUACACGUUAAGUAGCUAUCAAUGUUCAAGUGCUUCUGAUGUGCCAAAAAUUCAUUUUUCUUCAGAGGAAAGUAGUAUAUCAAAGUUUAACGUUUACAAAUGGGUACUGAUAGCCAUUGCCCUUUACUUCUCACCAUUCAUAUUUGUUUCGUUCCUUCCAAAGCGAUUUACAGUUCGAUUUUCUCCAGAAUGGCUUUGUAACAUGGGAAAGUUUGAAAUCAGUGGCCCAGAAACAAAAACACCCCUCAGUGAAUUGUUGUCCUUAGCCCCAGAAGACUGGGUGUCCUCCAUUAUAGUGGUGUUUUUUAUAUACCCCUUUGCACAUAUACCUAUCUUUUACGUGGAAUAUAUAAACAUGAAAUACUACACGGAUUGUACACACGCUGUAUCACCUUUUUUUUGGGUGUCUUUUGGAAUUGUAUUCAUAGUAACGCUAUAUCGUACUUGGAUUUCUUCAGAAAGUUUUGAAGACUGGAGAAGCUUAAUAAAGUCUAUUUGGUAUUUUACGAAUAUAGUAUUUACUGGGCUUCACUGGAUGUGUCCUUGCGAACGGGUGACUCCUGACACAGAGAAGCUAGAUUUUGUCUCAAACAGUCUUUUGGGUGAUUACAUUUCACUUCAGCAUUUAAUAAUCAAAUUCCUAUUAAAUGCAAUCAACUUCAUAAAAUUCAUAGGUAUUCAUUUGAAUAUUAGACGACAUACCUGUAAAUCCUUCUGUAUAUCUUUCCUUGUAGCGUUUCUAGGUAUUUUAGUCGGAUUACCCAUUUUUUUUAUUUUAUUGUAUCUUGACAUGAUGUUAAUUGUGAUUAGAUGGUCACAACACAGCAAUGCUAACAUCUUUAUUCAGUUAUUUAUUUAUAUCCAAACACUAGGUUUUAUAUUUUAUGUCCCGUAUGUUUUUGUAUUGUUUGUAGCUGACUUGAUUUCAGUAGUAACUCUAACAUUAGUCGGUGUAAUUAUAAACCACGACAUUGUAUUGAAGUACAUUACAUUAAUUUUAUCCGUGUUUUACUACAUUUGGGAGCCGUUUCAUGCUGUACAAAAGAAGUACCGUGAAUUGAAAGCUAUGAUAUUUAAAGAAUGCUCAACAACUGGUCUGAAAUACAUCAGACAUGCUCCAAUUCAUACCACAGACGGUUCAGACUCACACGUUCAGCAAAAUUACGAGGUGUUACCAAUGUCGGAUUUCGUUAUCAAUACAGAUACUUCAGCUAGGGCAUCUCUCCUUCAAGAUAACUCUGAAAAGGAAGUCUGUGAUUAUGGAAACGUACAAGCAGCCAACAGCCAACAAUCGCCUACUCCAGAGCAAGUCGGACAACAAUACAUUCUGUUAUACACAUCAGAUGACAGAGGUUGGGAGCGCAUCCCUAAAGACUUAUGGAUGUCCAUUUAUAAACAGCUGCUUCCUCUCGACGUAUGCAUCGCAAAGGCAUGCAUUAACUCUAUUGCCGCAGUUGCUAUGGUCAUCUUUUUAAUAUUAGCAGUAAUGGAUUUUCGUAACGUUUCGGAAUUACAACUCAGCGGUCAGGGAAUCGUUUCCUUUAUCACCGCGUCCAUUCCGAAACUUGUGCUUGGCUUUAUCAACACGGAACUCGACAAAGACGCUCUUAAGCGUAGUUGGGAGAUUACUGUCCGUAAAACUGUCGAAAAAUAUAUAAAAGACAACGAGAUUCCCGACCAAACUGGUGUAGAGUAAUAUAAGACGUAUAUUGGUUUCUUUGUUUUUAGGCAAUACGCAUAUCAUAUCCAAUCUUUGUCUUGUGCAAGAUUGUGAAGAAUAACCAAUGGAUUGUCAUUAAGUUUGUUAUUUGUAAGUUAAUACUCGCCGUCACAGGGCAGAAAUGAGAUAACUAUCUGUGAACAUCCAGUGAAAAACAUUUCUUUAGUAGUCCUGCUAUAAAGGGUUGUAUACAGCCAAGUAUCUUGUUAGGGUUUGGAAUCUAGGAAGCGGGGAUUUUUCAAACAUUAUUUUCCUCUUUCUGUCCUCAACAUAUUCCUGAUGCAUUAAUUAUAUAAUAUUUUAAAACUGUAUAUCAUUUAUGUAUA